CCAAUAAUACACUCCUCUCUCGCGUGUCUGCCUUUUGAGCACAUAAACACACCGCCCUCGCUCGCCAUCAUCGAUCAAUUCAUCAUGCCUAACCAAGUUUAGGCCCUAAUCAACAACGCUUUGCUCUGCACACACACACCUCGAUCGCCAUGGGGAGAGCUCCGUGCUGCGACAAGGCGAGCGUGAAGAAGGGGCCAUGGUCGCCGGAGGAGGACGCGAAGCUCAAGUCCUACAUCGAGCAGAACGGCACCGGCGGCAACUGGAUCGCCCUGCCCCAGAAGAUCGGUUUGAAAAGGUGCGGCAAGAGCUGCCGGCUCCGGUGGCUGAACUACCUCCGGCCGAACAUCAAGCACGGCGGCUUCUCGGAGGAGGAAGACAGGAUCAUCGUCAGCCUCUACAUCAGCAUAGGCAGCAGGUGGUCGAUAAUAGCAGCGCAGCUGCCGGGGAGGACCGACAAUGACAUCAAGAACUACUGGAACACGAGGCUGAAGAAGAAGCUCUUCGGCAAGCAGUCGCGCAAGGAUCAGAGGCAGCAGCAGCAGCUGGCGCGCCAGGCGGCGGCCGGCGACGACGGGCGGAUCAAGCAAGAAGCGAUCAGGGAUGCGAGCGAGGCCGAUGGCUUGGCUGCCGGCGCCAAUUUCGGUAGCUGGCACCACCACCACCACCACCACGCCAUGGCCGUGCCAGUGCACCCGAUGAUGUCGGCGCCGGUAUUGGAAGGUGGCCGUGUCGGAGACGACGUCGAUGAGUCAAUCCGGAAGCUUCUUCUCAAGCUCGGCGGGACGAGCCCGUUGGCGGCCUUGCCGGCGCCGCCAUGCAUACCUCCCCCACCACCAAUGUACGAGGAAGCCCCAGCUGUCCUCGCGGGGCCGCCAUUGCCGCCGCUCAACGACGGCGGCGGCGGCGGCAUGCGGUGCUCCAGCGCUCUGCCGGCGCUGGAGCUGGACGAGAGCUUCCACUUCAACCAGGUCAAGCUGGACGGGCUCGAGUGCUUCUUCGGCAUGGGAGACCAGACCAUAAGAUGGAACGAGGUGAGCCCAUUGGUUUGCCCUAGCAACGCCAUGGCGUCGUCUUCGUCUAGCUCCCAGGGGAUGCAGCAGUACUGCCUAGUCGAAGAACCAGCUCACCUCGGGAUGCAGUAGCAAUUCAGUUUUUGUGUUUCCGUGUACAUGCAUGAUUAUUGUGGUGUAAAUCUGUAGCAAUUCAUGGGGAAUGGGGAAAGAUCGAUGGGACCAAGCUUCAAUUUCUUUCAACUCAAGAACAAUAAGGUCGAGCUCUCACCACUCCCUGCUGAUUUUUCAUGUGAUCGUCGUUGUGUGUGAGUCUAGUCUUUGAAUGAUAUCUUCUCUAUACUCUCUUGCUGCCAUACAGAAACAGUUUAUAUUAGAUUGUACGAGUUGCAUUUAUCUGUGUGCUUUGGCGUAUUUUAUCUGUACCAAGUGACAAGUACUGACCCUUGAACUUAAUUAGACU